GCCGAAAAGAGUAGCCAUCACUCCUGUUAGGCUUUGAUUGGCCUAGCAACCGCCCCUAACCUUCAAAUUUCUCUCCUUGCCGUAGCUGAACAAGGUAUGAACAAAAUGUAAAAAUUAUUGAGCCCUGUGGGGGAGAUACCAUUUUGCAGCGAAGGCCAUUCUACUUCAUCCCUUGUGAUUCUUACCUAGUGGGAUAAGAUACAGCAUUCAGAACGUUGAGUUUAGGGUUGCAGCGGUUGCCUAUCCUUCCCUUGAUUCUGUUUAUUUUUAUUAGAUUUCACUCUUUUUGCCAGAGAAAACAGCAGAAGCAUGUUCGAGUGAGCUAAUACCAAUAUCAACAGUGGAGUGUAUUUGUUGAUUUGUUGUCCAUUGAAUUAGGAAACGAAUGUGUGUUUUAUAUUCUGUAGUGCUGUAGGCAAGCAUCCUUAAAUAGUGACAAAUGUGAGGUGCAAAUAUAAAAUAAAAAAAUUUGUGUGCAUGUGCAGAGAAAGCUUGUUAGGCCCUUUUAACUGUUCUUUUGAAUCUUGAUAAAUUUGUUCAAAAAGGGGGCAGCAUUAUCAUCUGCAUUGUUUGUGGAAAAACUCUGAAGCAAAGGAAGUUUUGAUUUUGUGCUGCUCUGUUCUUCGGCACUUGUCUGUUUGUUUGGCUUGUAUAUCGAUGAAGUCUAUGGCAUUGUUUGCGUUGUCUUGACCUGUAAGUGGAAUAUGUGGAUUCUAGAUUCUAGCCUGGCAGUGGAAAUGGCCAUUUGUUCAAAAUCAAAUCAUUUUGAUGAGAAGAAAAUCAAGUAUAUGGAACCUAGGAGUAGAAAUUUUCUUCUGAACAUACUAACCGAUUAACUCGGACCGAUCGAAAGACUUGUAAGAACCAUUAUAUGGGCUUAACCAUGUUGAGAAUCCAUGUGGGGUCGGUGCAUGGAAGCCAUUGCAAUAAAACUAACAAGCACUUCGUAGUUUUUACUUCUACGCUCCUCGGUUGUCUCUUACCUGGAAUAUAGAAAUAUUUGUGGUCAACUGGUCAAGUAUAUUUGAACAGAUAUAUAUUCUGACUUUUGUUUGGUAUUAAGAAGUUGCUUUGGAACUUUGACUUGGCUCUUUUUGUAAUAACCCCGUCAGCUUAGCGAUGAAGGGUGUGUCCUUUUCACAUGGUCCUCUUGAAUGGAAAAUUCUCAAAAGAAAAUUUGGUUGAGUUGAUAAAAACAAUGGAAGGGUUUCUACCAAAUGAACUGUAGACUAGGAUAUUGACUGCAAGACUGGUUUUUAAGCCCAAGUACUACUCUUUGUUUUAACUCAAGUCUUAAUAGCGUAAGGCCUAAGCAUUGGAGGCUUGGACCUUCUUGUACAUAAAGCUAUCAGGUGAGUGGAAGAUAGGAUUGGAGACAAACUCUGCAGCAGAGUAUGAAGAUUAAAUACCCCUAUUGAAGCCAAGCAGCUACAACUCUUGAGAACAUGAUGACUUCUGGUAUAUCAAAAUCUGUAAGAUCUCAAGAAGAUCUUGAAGUGGCAAAAUGCAUGCCUACAAAACCAGCUAACGUGUGGAAAUUCGCCAAUAAAUUCAUUGGUGCACCAAUACUUGAGAAGAUUGAGAGAUUUCUGAUUGGUAAGAUUGUGCAUCGAAAGGUGCUUAGCCGAGUCUUCUCCGAGGAUUAUGAAAAAGUUGAUAAGACGGUUUUGGAUCCUCGAGGACAUAUCAUACGCAGAUGGAAUAGAAUCUUUUUGGUAGCAUGCUUAGUCUCUCUUUUCGUGGACCCUUUGUUCUUUUUUCUGCCAAGUGCUAAAGAGGACAUGUGCCUUGAAGUAUCUAUACGAUUCAGAAUCGUCCUCACCAUCAUCCGGUCAUUAGUAGAUUUAUUUUACUUCAUUCAGAUCUUUGUUCGAUUUCGAACAGCUUAUGUUGCCUCUUCGUCUCGUGUAUUCGGAAGAGGAGAGCUAGUUGUGGACCCAUCAAAGAUUGCUUCCCGGUAUAUUCAAAGAGAGUUUUGGCUAGACAUGGUGGCUGCACAACCCCUUCCACAGGUGUUGGUUUGGGCAGUUAUCCCAUCUUUACUGGAUUCUUGUAUCCAAGCAAGAAAUGUCCUUCGGUUGUCAGCCUUGCUUCAGUAUCUCAUAAGGCUGUAUCUUAUUUUUCCGCUUUCAUCUAAAAUCGUCAAGGAUACUGGGGUUGUGAUGGAAACAGCGUGGGCUGGAGCAGCGUAUAAUCUGAUGCUUUAUAUGUUGGCAAGCCAUGUUGUGGGAUCCUGUUGGUACCUCUUUGCAGUUGAACGGCAGGAGGGGUGCUGGAGAAAAGUUUGUACACAUCAAGACAUAGGUUGCAGAUCUUGGUCUACGGCAUGUCAUGUUGUUGGAGAUUCUAGUAGAGCUGCCUGGUUGAAAUUAAGCAAUAUCUCUAGUCUAUGCGUACCCACCAGCGAUUUCUAUCAGUUUGGCAUUUAUGCUGAUGCUUUGACAUUCAACAUAACAGGAACAAGUUUCCUUAACAAGUACUUUUACUCUCUUUGGUGGGGCUUGAGGAGUCUGAGCUCUCUCGGGCAGAACCUAUUAACGAGCACUUAUGUUGGAGAAAUCUGUUUUUCCAUCUUCAUUGCAAUUCUUGGAUUGGUGUUCUUUGCCCUGCUUAUUGGGAAUAUGCAAACCUACCUCCAAUCCACCACUAGGCGGCUUGAAGAGUGGAGGAUCAAGAGGACAGAUACAGAACAAUGGAUGCACCACAGGCAGCUGCCUCGUGAAUUGAGGCUGAGUGUACGGAAGUAUGAUCAAUACAGAUGGACUGCAACUCACGGAGUAGAUGAGGAGUCCAUUCUGAAGUGUCUGCCAAUGGAUCUUAGACGUGACAUCAAACGUCACCUCUGCCUCGAUCUAAUUCGUAAGGUACCCUUAUUUGAUUCAUUGGAUGAUCAGAUGCUAGAUGUGAUAUGUGAAAGGCUAAAAACCUGUCUGUGUACGCGAAGCACCUGCCUAGUUCGCGAGGGUGAUCCUGUCAACGAGAUGUUUUUCAUUGUCCGAGGGCAUUUAGACUCUUGCACCACCGAUGGUGGGCGAGCAGGAUUCUUCAAUUCAUGUCGGAUUGUUCCUGGAGACUUCUGUGGAGAGGAAUUGUUGACCUGGGCCCUGGACCCUCAUCCAAGUGUAGUCCUACCCUCGUCCACACGCACAGUUAAAGCCAUUACUGAAGUUGAAGCCUUUGCUCUUAUUGCUGAGGACUUGAAGUUUGUAGCAUCACAGUUUCGCAGGCUACAUAGCAAAAAACUCAGGCAUACGUUCCGGUUUCACUCCCACCAGUGGAGGGCUUGGGCAGCAUGCUUCAUACAAGCAUCUUGGUUUCGGUACAAGAGACGAAAAGAGGCAGCUGAGCUCAAGAAAAUGGAGAGCAUAGCCUCAAUGCCUGAACCAACCAAGGAACAAAAAACUGUUGCCUCCUUGAGCACAACGCGGUCGAGCCUAGCCACGUAUGCAGCAAUACUAGCAGCAAGCACUAGAAGAGGCGGAAGCAUUCGCUGCGGAGCUGACUAUGAAAUUCUAGGGGCAUUACAAAAGCCAUCUGAACCAGAUUUCACAGCUGAACAUAGUUGAAAAUUUACUGCAUUCUGCAUAUAUAUAAUUUGUAGAGGUGUAUAGCUGUCGUUGCUUAAUGUUCUUACUACUUAAUGCUAUUGGCAAUAUGUAGCUGAAUGUAUUUCACAUUUUUUGAUCAGCAGUGUACGGAUUUUUUUGUCUCAACAAUCUCAAAUGAUGAGAUGGACGUAUACAACUUCAUAUGAAUCAUGUGGGGCGGAUGGGGCCAACGAUUUUACAUGAUCAUGUGCGUCAAUCUCAACAUUUGGGAAAGUUGA